AUGGAAGUUCCAGCGGUGGAACUCCAGUCGCUGGGUGAGGGCUAUGCCCCCUUGGUUCCCACGGCUGAAGCGCGAGGCUUCACUCGCGAGGGCGAGAGCCCCAGCUCGAUCUGGACACGGCUCUGGAUGGUCGGCGCCCGGUGUAUCGUCUUCGACCUCACAUACCAACAUGUAUGGUCCAAAUUCCUGGCCUUCUUGUGUUUCCUGAAUGCCACUCUGCUGCUGGGUGAGGAGAGCUUCUACUCCAUACUGUCCCAGCUGCCUUCUUCUUCAAGCUGCAUCCGAAAUCAUCACGUCGGGUUUUGCAACAAGACUGGCGACCAAGUGUUUCGGGAUUCACGGAUACAGGUGGUCCUUAGUCCCGUGGAGAGCGAGAAGCUGCAGUUGGAGUUCCCCAGCGUGCGGACGCUGUGGGUCGUUCUUGUGGUGGCUGUGGCGAACUCGAGGUACAUGAACAAGAACCAGGCGUGGAUCGUCUGGACCCUCGCUACGGUGGGUGCCUUGUUGUGCUCCGCGCACGCGGCAGUGACGCUGGUGGACCUUGCGCACUGCGGCCCUGGCUCCCCGUGGCAUGCAGUCGACUGGGAAUCGCUGGACAGAGAGUGGGCUUCAACGCAGGGCCUUCUGGGAGAGAGGCACACUCCUUCUGCCAGUGCCCGGCGCGUCGCGGAGUACUGCUGGAUGCCGCCCCUUCCCAACAAGGAAGCAUUGCGACCCCGACCGCCUCUUCAUGAUGGCCACAAGCGAGAGAUCCAACAGCAGACGCUGGACACGAACAUGACCGUCUUCCUGCGCGACAUGUGGAUUGCACUGAUGGACUCUGCCACCUUCACCUUGGAGUUUGACAACCAGACCUUAGUGAAGUCUUACUGCCGUGACGUGUUGGAGAUGCUCUCCAUGUCCUCCUGUCUGCGCUGGCUGAACAGCUCCGAACUGGGAAACUCGAUCCAAUGUCAGGCCCAGGGCCCUGAGCUGUUAAUGCAAGAUCUGAUGCGGAGCUGGCAGGGGGAGGUGGCCACCGUGCAUGACGCCUACACCGGUCACCAGAGCGGAAGCCUCCAAGCCUUCGUGCAGCUGGCAGACCACUGGGAACUCUCGGCGCUGGCUGCGCAGGGCUGCACAGCUACCAUCAGUGGAGGCAACUUCGCGCUCCGGCCGCCGACCUUGGGUCCACAGGCGGUGGGGAGCACGUCUGCUCUGUCACGUCAUCUUCUGAUACUCGCCGAGGGUCGUGGCUGCGAGGUGCCGCCCGCGCCCUCCACGCCGACGUUGCGCUGUUUAGACCUGGGCCUGAACAGUCGCUUCAGCUCGGUCAACGAGAGCUAUUUGAACCCAACCUUCGUGGGCUGCGUGGCGCGGAUCUUCCGUGGCUGCGCGGGGCGCAGCGCCUCGGCAACGCUGACGGCUUUCCGAAGCGCCUGCCAGGCGACGUGCGCUGUCCUGAUGCUGUUCGGGUACAUCCGCAUGCUGUGCAUGCGAGUAGGCUGCCAGCGCCGGAAUGGCAUCGACCGAACCUGGUUGUGCGAUGGCAUCCAGCAGGCGCUCACCCUCGCCGGAUCCCGUGUGGGCGUGGGGCUGCUCAUGGCCUCGCUCCUACAAGUGGGCUUCACCGUCCUAGCAUCAGAGGUGGCCUCCAACUGGAUCCUCGAAGGGCAUGGCCUUCGCCUUGCCUCGUCGUUGAGGAUCUCACCGUUGAAGCUGGUGGAUGUGCUGCUGAUGCUGGGGAUUUGGAUGCAGCUCAUAGUCUUCCUGGUGGCUGUGUGUUACAACGUGGUGCUCCAUAUUCAGCUGCGGAAGCAGAUCCUGGCGCUCCCAAGGUCCGUCCUCUUUGGGCAGAACACCGAAGUGCCAGAUAGCUACCGUGGUCCGGACUUGAAGGACUUGAAGCGGAUGGGCAGCACGAGUUUGGUCUAUGCGAUGUACUUCCCUGGCAUCGUUUUCUGGCACUUCUUCUACGCCUCUUGGAUCUUGGUGCUGAUGUUUUGCUUUGCACUGGGCUGCUUGGUCGUCGUGGGGCAGCCAGCCGAAACUCGCAGCGUACAUGCCAAGCGUAUCUGGCCAGUGCUGACCUACGGCAGCUUUCUUUGCUCUGUGCUCUUAGCCCAUUUCGUGACGAGACUUUUCACGCAGCGGUGUCUGCUGCGGCGUCAUGGGCGGGGGAUCCAGAUUCGCUGCCUUUGCCUCUUCUCCUGGUAUGAGGUUAUGCUGUUUCUCCUUUCCUUCGCGGUGGGCCCGACCGCCGCACUCUGGGACUACAUCAAAGGCUUCCUCUGCACAGUCUUGGCUUCUCUAAUCAUCGAGAAGCCGAACUUCACCCAGUUUGGGGAGCUGGCGGACUACGUCUACUGCACCUACUGCGCAGCCCUUCUCCUGGAGCGGAUGGAUCGGGAUCGCUUGGAGGAUGAGCCCAACGAGCAUGCCGGCAACGAGCACGAAAUGCUGGAAAGCUGCGAGGAUUGCCGCCAAAGGUGCGACAACUGGGACUCCAAAGCCGAGCCCGAACUCCUCGACAGCAGCUAUCACUCGAAGCUGGGCUGCCUCCAGCGGACGUGCGCAUUUUGGCUGCUCUUUCUCGGCCUCCCCCUGCUGUCCGCCGUGCUGGUGGAUAGCAGCAGUUACUCACUUGGCUACGACUGCCCACAUUUUCUCAAGACGAUCCUGCCUUUGAGAAGGUGCCAAGAGCAGCAGGCUCAAAAAGGAGAGCCUCUUAGCAUUGUGGCAGCAGUGUCGGCAGCGCAGACUCAGAUGCGUCCUACAUCUCGCAUGCUUUCGGCCGUGACUGCUUUGUGUGCUUUUGGCAUGGCACGCGCCACUGUGAGUUCUGCAUUUCCUUCCCGAUGUCUGCCACGCACAUUCGGCCAUGGUCGCCUGCACUUGAGGUGCCCUUGUAGACGACAUUGUCUGCGAUCGGUCGAAGCCUGCACUUCCAUGCCAACGCCGAGUUUUGCUGAGCAAUGGUGGCGCAAGUUGACUCGAUUCAGGAUUCUUGGCGGAACUUGCUGGUAUACUUGGAGAUGCACUGCUUGCCGCUGA